AUGUGCAUGAUUGUUUUUCGCUUUGCUUACUACCUUUACAGCGCUCUUGACGCUACCGAGAGUUAUUGGGAGAAGACCACGUAUUUCGUUUUUACACUGGGCAUGGGUCAAAUUUCAGCAUGGGUACAGUUUUCUAUGAUUGUAAGCGAAGCCGCCAUGCUGCCGUUGUACUGUUCGAUUGUGCAUUACUGCACUUUAAUUAGUGAGUACUGGUCAGUGUUCUGUUCAAAUAUACAGAAAGAAAUGUCCUUUUUAUCGUCCAAAUGCCGGUUUACUCGGUCAUUCGACGAAAUACUGCGCAAUUUAGUAAUACAGAAUGAGAAACUCUCGUCUCUGUUGGAGGAUAUGGACAAAUCAUUAUCGAACUUAUUGGCUGUAAUGUUGUGUGGCAAUGUGGUUAUUUUGGCAUCUGUCAUCGCCAACGGUUUUGUCUCGGCCAAUCUGGUCAAUGUCGUCGAUGUGAGCCUAUUCGUUGCCAGUGUCACAGGUCCCAUUAUCGCGCUGAUCGUUGUCAUUUCCCAAGCAGCGUUAGUCCACAGCUCGGCGGUUAUUUCCAAAACGGUUUGGAGUGACUUUGUCCGUAAUCGACAAAAGUACCGCGGAAACGCUUCGACAGCUACGUCCUCCGGGGAAUGUGAAAAGCUUUUGGCGAUUCUUCAUGUGACUGCACAUCGAUCAUAUUCGCUCACUGCCAUGGGAGUUGUGCACAUUUUCUCCUCAACUGGAAUUACUAUCAUUAUGGGGUUCAUCGGCUUCUUGUGUUUCCUGAUUGAGCGCUCGGAACAAUACUCAUCUAACGUUCACCUUCAAGAGUCACUCAAAAUUAUGAGGAGAAAUUGUACAUGGAUCGCUCCAUCUCAGCGCCACUGACUCCUUGACGGUUUAAUUUUUGUCACGU